UUUGAACCAUUUGACUAUUAUCUUUGUAAGCAAUUUUAAAGCGCUAAAAAUUAAAUAAGAAGGUCAUCAGCUAUAAGCGUAUUUAGCUAUGAGAAAUGAUUUUUUGGAUAAUACCAAUUUUGUGGGUGACUGCGUAUGUGUAUUUUUAUAUCAAAGCCAAGUGUGAUGAUCCAGCAAUGACUAGGGUUAUGAUUGUCUUAGGAUCUGGUAAUGUUUAUUUCAUACUUUAUGUUAGGUGGACACACUGCUGAAAUGCUCUCGUAUACUUCUGUAUUGACUUGUAAAUUUCAACCACGUUUGUAUGUUAUCGCGACGACUGAUUCUAUGAGUGAACAAAAGGUUUUGGAUUUAGGGGACAAGUGUGAUAUUAAAUUCAGCAUAAAGCGCAUACCAAGGGCUCGAGAAGUAAAACAGUCAUACGUUAGCAGCAUCUUCAGUACCUUAGUGUCUUGUCUAUCUGCGUUCCCCAUCGUCACAAUUUUUAGGGCGAAAUUGAUUUUGUGUAAUGGUCCUGGGACAUGUAUCCCCAUAUGCUUCGUGGCUAUUUUACUCCACGUACUAAAAAUCCAUUCAACUCUUAUAAUUUUUGUUGAAAGUAUUUGUCGUACCAAAACUUUAUCAUUAUCUGGGAAGAUUUUAUACUAUACUCGUUUAGUAGAUGUAAUUGUUCAGUGGCCAGAAUUGAAGACAAAAUAUCCAAGAUCAAUUUACUUAGGACUUUUAUCGUAAACUACUGCAUCCAAACAUCCUUGUUAUAUGACUUGCAUCCAGAGCACUUUUCUUUUUAUAUUUAUAAUAUGUGUUUUUUGUUCUAUGUGAUCAUCGUUUGAGAUUCGAAAUACAUUUUACAUUUGGUUAAAAUAAUUAUCACUGUUAGAUCAAAAACGGGGAAUGAUUGUACACCUACAAACGAACUAUUUUAUUUCAAAAACGAUAAUUAAAGUUUU